UAUUUAUGACAGUUGCACCAUCCAGGCUUAAGUCCUCUUCUCGCUAAGACCGGGCGUAAAUCUUACGCCUAGUCAGUAGCAGGCGUAAAGUAAAAAUCUAGGAAAGUUUCUAUAGUAACCACUUGAUAACUCAGCAGUAAAGACAUGGCGCGCCUUAUACACAGACUUUACAAUGAGCGGGCUUUUAGACAGGAGAGAGUUAUUAGGGACAGAAGCAAUCCAUUGGACAUUUACAAUGAUGAGGAGCUGAUUCAGAGGUUUUGAUUUUGUCGGAGAGAUAUAUAUAAACUUGUUGAAGAGCUGUCACCCGACUUACAGUUUGUGUCGGAUCACAACGCAGCAUUGACACCCGCAUUACAGCUGUUAAUAGCGCUACGUUUUUAUGCAAAUGGUGCAUUUCAAAACACUGUUGGAGACAUGAUUAAUGUCCACAAAUCCACCGCAUGUCGGGACAUCCGCAGAGUGUCACUGGCACUGAGCCGUCGCCUUCCACGAUCUGCUCACCUCCCCACUGAGGCCGAGUCUGCGGUGAUGAAACACCGAUUCCUCCGGGCCUCUGGCAUUCCUGGUAUUGUGGGCUGCAUCGAUGGGACUCACAUCCGGAUCCAGGCACCAUCUGAGCAUGAGUAUCUGUAUGUCAACCGCAAGGGAUACCAUUCAAUCAAUGUGCAGAUUGCUUGUGACGGAUUUCGAGGCUGGAAGAGUAAAUGGGCUGCUUCUCGGUGACAGUGGAUACCCACUGAAACACUGGCUGAUGACUCCUGUAAUUGCUCCGAGGACUGAGCAAGAACGACGGUAUAACACCAUCCACACCACCACUAGGUCCCUCGUUGAGCGGUGCAUCGGAGUCCUCAAGUGCAGGUUUCAUUGUCUUCAUGGAGAGAUGUGGAUGCACCCUGAGCGAGUCUGCAUCGUAAUAGCAGCGUGCACUGUCCUCCACAACAUCUGUGUCACCAAGAGGAUCCCUCUCCCUAGGCAACACCAUCAGCCGGUGCCGGAGGAAGGUGCCGACCCUGUGGACCAUGCAGGGCAUGAAGAUGUCGGUGGACGACUAGUCCGUACACGUAUUAUUAAUGCUUUAUAAAUGUUGUAAACUAUUGCUUCACUUAAAAUAAUUCUGCCAUAAAAAAUAAGCCACAAAGAAAGUCCAGUAGGUUUAUAAUAAACUCUUUUUUAAUUUACA